UCAGUUCAGUUAGUCACUUGCCGGCAGCCGUGCAGUCUGGACGUGUCGGGACGCGCUUCGCGGUGGUCGUUCUAGCGGAGUGACGCGGCGUGGUGCGAGACGCGAACUGAUCGCGAGCGAGACAACUCCUUCUUGGGGCGUUUGUCUUUCAGCGUCAGUGUCGUAAUAACCCUUUUUGAAGUUGAAGUGAGUGUGCGGAGGUCUUUGUGUUUGUGCGAGUGCGGACGACCAUCAUCGGACCGCCGCCCCAAAGUGCGAGGACAGCGCGGUUGCCACGGAUAAUUUAUUUGGAGCACGACGCUGCGCUGCCGCCGGUCGCGGUACUCCCCCGCGCGUGUCAGUGCGGGCUCAGGAGCGGCCGUGAGGGUCUCUGACCGGCCGGAUUAUUUUCGGAGGAGUCGGAUAAGCAAGCAUCCCUCGGAGGGUCCUCAGUCCUGUGGAAGUGGACACCACAGCGCGGAGGCAGUUCCCAGCUUGACACAGGCCCCGCCCCGCGAGCCCCGCCCCAUGAGGACGGCCCCGUUGCAGCGCCGCCCAGCGGACACUGCAGGAAUGUGAUGCUGCCGCGCCGCUGCCGGGGUCUGGGCGAUGACGGUCCGCCUUUAGGUCCACCAUGCCGCCUAGCUCCGCCAGGCUCCGCACGGAGGGCAGCACGAGCCGCGUGCGCAUCAAGGGCCCCCUGCGCCUCGCGCUGCCGGCCCUGCUGCCCGUCCUCCUGCCCGUCGUCCUGGCCGUGCUGCUGACGGCGACGGGCGCUGCGGCCAACCACCCCCCGCGCUUCCUCAUCGACGGCCAGACGGAGAUCGUGCUGCGUCUCAAGGAGGGCAACGAGACGCCCGUCGGGAGUCUCAUCUACCGGCUUCGAGGAGCGGACCCGGACGGGGACGCUCUGACCUUCGGCGUCCGCGGCUCGGAGGGCCAUGACAUGCUGCGCAUCGAGAACCUGGGCACGAGCGAGGCCAACGUGUACCUGAACAAGGAGCUGGACCGGGAGGUGCGCGACGAGUACCUGCUGGUGCUGACGCUCACCGACGGCCGGCUCGGCGACGGCAACUUCAUCACGCAGAGCCUGCUGCUGCUCGUGGAGGACGUGAACGACAACGAGCCCGUGUUCAAGCCCUACCCGCCCAGCAUCACGGUGCGGGAGGACGCGGACCCGGGUGUGCUCGCCACCGUGGAGGCCACGGACCUCGACGAGGGAGCCUACGGCCAGGUUGUGUACUACCUCCAAGAGCUGGACGGCGACGACGACCUCUUCUCCAUCUCGACGGUGAAUGGCAAGGGUGUGCUGAGGUUGGCCGGCCACCUAGACUACGAACGCAAGUUUCUGUAUCAAAUACGUGUUCUGGCAGUGGAUAGAGCCAUAAAUGAAAGGGUCAACACUGGAACAGCUGCCAUUCUAGUUAAGGUACAAGACGUUGAGGAUCAACCACCUGAGUUUGUUGUUGUUCCCGCUGUUUCGAGAGUUAGUGAAGAUGCUCGCAUUGGAUCUUCAGUUCUUCAAGUGAAAGCUGUUGAUGGCGAUCGAGGAAUUAAUAAUCCAAUUUCCUAUUCCAUUACCCGUGGAGCCCAUGGGGUAUUUGAAAUUGAUGCUAACACAGGAAUUAUUUUUACACUCCAGAAACUAGAUAGGGAAGGACCACUCACAAAUAAUGGCGCUUACAUCCUUGAAAUAAUGGCUCAGGAAGACUCAAAAUUAGUUCAGCCUCCACCUACAACCCGAACAGAAGUAACUGUUAUUUUGAUGGAUGUCAAUGAUGAGAUUCCCACCUUCCGGAGCUCGGCAUAUUUUGCUGAAGUAAAUGAGAAUGCUCCCAUAAACACACCAGUUACCUUCCUUAGAAAUGCGGUGCCAGAAGUUUUUGACCAUGAUCAGGGGAACAAUGGGACUUUUAUUAUGUUCAUUGAAGGAGACAGAGGUAUUUUUGAAGUUACUCCUCCUAAAGGAAUAAAUGAAGCAACAUUCCUUGUGCGAGUGAAAGAUUCAACCAAAUUGGAUUAUGAAAAAACCAAAGUUAUGAAUUUUACUCUAGUAGCCAAAGAAACAGUACCAAAUAAUGCAAAGUACAGUGCUGUCCCUCUGACAGUACACAUAAGAGAUGUAAAUGAUAAUGUUCCAGAAUUUGAUAAAAAUGUAUAUGAGGUUUCUGUCCCUGAAAACUCAUUGAAAGGUACAACUGUUGCCAAAAUAGUCGCAAAAGAUGCAGACUCAGGUGAAUUUGGUACUGCAGGCAUUCGUUUCACAGAACUGCGGGGAAGUGUUGCUGAUAUAUUACAUCUGGAUCCUUUGACUGGUGUUAUCACAAUCAAAGCGGAGGGAAGUAACUUUGAUCGGGAGUUAGCGUCUCGCCACUAUCUUACUGUGGAAGUUAGAGAUGAUCUAGGGAGAGGAAACAGAAAUACUGUGCAGUUGGUUGUUAACAUAGCAGAUGUCAAUGACAAUGCUCCAGAAUUUCUACAGAGUGAAUAUGAAGCACGCUUAUUAGAAGACUCUACUGAAUUUGAAUCUCCUCUAGUAAUUGAGGCAAGAGACCUUGACUUAAAUGGGACCCGUCAUAGUAUGAUACAUUACAGUAUCAUUGAUGGUGAUCCAUUUGGAAAUUUUACACUUGACCCUGUCACUGGUGUAUUGAAGCCUACUUCCCCGAUUGACUUUGAACAGCUUGUUGGUACAAGAGCUGUUUCUGAGGAAGCUGGAGGACCUAAUGUCAGACCUGUUCGUAUGGUUGUGCAAGCCCAAGAUUUAGGUGUCCCACCCAUGUGGUCCCAAGCUCUAGUCACAGUAUAUGUUCAAGAUGUAAAUGACCAUACACCUCAAUUUGAACAGGGGUAUUAUUUGCGCUCAAUUCCUGAAGACUUGCCUGGUGGAAGCUCGGUUCUUCAGGUGAAAGCUUGGGAUGCUGAUGGUUCAUCACCAAACAAUCGUGUUGUAUACCGCAUUCAACAAGGAGCAGAGGACAAGUUUGUCAUGGAUGCUGAUACUGGGAUUGUAACUGUGGCUCAUGGAGCAAAUUUAGAUCCUGACAGAUCUGAUCCCAAAAGCAACUUGUAUGCUAUGGUGGUUGUUGCACUAGAUGGAGGGAUUGGUGCUAGACAGCGUCAAGCUGCUGUUCCGGUGAACAUCACAAUAGUGGAUGUAAAUAACAAGGCACCUGUCUUUCAGGAACCUGGCACAAUUCAUGUUUAUGAAAAUACUCCUGUAGGACAAACGGUGUACAAAGUGGUGGCCACAGAUUUAGAUGCCAAGCCUGUAUUACGGUAUCGUAUUGAUCCAGACAACUCUGAAGCCAGGAAUGAGGAGGGCACCAUUGUGAAGAGUACUGAAUAUGAUUAUCUAUCGGUAUUUGAGUUAGGUCCCCUGGAUGGCUUAUUAAGAGUGGCUCGCCUCCUUGACCGAGAGCAGGUUGAAAGUAUCCGCCUUGCUCUUGUUGUUGAAGAUCUAGCUGCAGCUAAAGGGAAACAAAUUGCUUCAGCUAUAUUGACAAUAAUUGUUGAUGAUGAAAAUGAUAACAAUCCAAAGUUCAGAAGACCAUUUUACCGGAGAUCAAUACCAGAAAAUAGUCAAACUGGAUCUAUGAUAGUCAGUAUUGUUGCUGAUGAUGCAGAUAAGAACCGAACUAUUACUUAUUCCUUGGAAGCUCCCCGUGCAUUGCAAGACCUUGUGCAUCUUGAUCCAGAGACAGGAGAAAUGGUUGUUGCAAACCGCAUUGAUUUUGAACAGCACAGUUGGCUUAACUUUACCGUUAAAGCCACUGACUCGGGUUUCCCCUCCAGAGCAAGUCAUGUUGAAGUAUUUAUUCAAAUUUUGGAUGAAAAUGAUAAUAAUCCAUAUUUUAUUGGAGACAUUACAAAUAUAACUGUGAGAGAAGAUGCACCAAUAGGAACUGAAAUAGCUACUAUUCAAGCAAAAGAUGCAGAUUCUGGGGAUUAUGGAAAAGUUACAUAUCUUCUGGACCGUAUUUCAUCUUUGGGCAAAUUUCAAAUUGAUCCUGAUACAGGGGUUUUAAAUGUAUCAGACAAAUUAAAUCGAGAGGAACAAAGUUCUUAUCUCUUGGUAAUAGAAGCAUGGGACAAUUACCAAUUUGGCUAUGCAAGUGGAGAAAGCCGCAACGCGUUCAAACAGAUUGGUGUCAACAUUGUUGAUGUGAAUGAUGAAGUUCCUGUGUUUGAGCCAGUGAAUGGCUGUGUUCAUAUAACAGAAUUUCAUGAGCCCCAUGACACUGUGACAGUUGUCAAAGCCAGCGAUGCUGAUGAUCCAAAUACACCCAAUGGUCGUAUUAAAUUUUCAAUAACAGGAGGAAAUGAGCAAGAGCUAUUUAGAUUAGAAACUAUUGAUUGGUGGUCUGCUCGAAUUGUUUCAACCACAACUUUAAAAGCUCGAUAUGGAAAUUAUACAUUGAAGCUUCUAGCUCAAGAUCUGGGGUCUCCUCCUAAUUCGGUAACUAUGGAUUUGUCCAUAUGUGUGCUGGAUAUUAAUGAUAAUGCACCUCGUUUUAUCAGCCCACCCCACAACAUAACUAUCCGGGUACCCGAGAAUGCUACACUUGGAAGCACAGUCAUACAGGUUGAAGCUGUUGAUGAAGAUGUAGGACCAAAUGGAGCAGUGCGUUAUCGUUUGAGACAAGACCAAUCCGGCGAUUGGCGAACGUUUGCAAUUGAUGAUAUAAGUGGAAUAAUUCAACUUCGCCAGCCUCUUGACCGUGAGCGUCAGAAAACAUAUCAGUUAAGAGUUGAAGCUUAUGACUUAGGCAUUCCCACCCCACUGUCCUCUGACCUGGAUCUUACAGUGUAUGUCCGCAAUGUAAAUGACUAUGAGCCACAGUUCCUUGUAGAUGAAUUCACUGUGAAUUUCACAGAACAUAGCUCUCCUGGCCAUGAACGACGCAUAUUGAUUGACACAGUUGAUAGGGAUGAAGUUGAUGAAUUGGACGAUCCACCAACUCCUGUGUGUUACUACAUUGUUGCUGGCAACAAGGACGGUCUGUUUGCAUUAGAACCCCUACGUCAUGAACUUUUGGUUGCUAAGGAGCUGGAUAGAGAAAAGGCCUCUGAGCAUAUUCUACUCAUAAAAGCCUCUGAAGAUUGUCUGCACAGACCUUCGCUUAGAGAUUCUAAGAUCUCCGAGGCUUCUAAUAGCAUUGGUGAUUUAAGCAGCAACUUUUCUCUAGUUGAUGGAUGGAUGUUUGAUUCAAAAGAUGAUACUCUUCUUCGGGUGAUUGUAAAAGUAAUUGAUAUAAAUGACAACCCUCCUCAUUUUGUUAAAAAAGUUUUUACUGGUGGUGUAACUACAGAGGCUGAUUUUGGGACUGAGUUUAUGCAAGUCACCGCUGUCGAUCCUGAUGAAGGUGUCAAUUCAGUGGUGAACUAUUAUCAGAUUGGAAGAGUACAAAUGACCCUGAGUGAAGGAAUGGAAAAUAUUCAGCAUCCACCAUUUUUAGUAGACCGUGAUACAGGCGGAGUGCAUCUGAAUUUCGAUCCUCAAAGAGGAAUGAAGGGGUACUUUGACUUCAUGGUGUUGGCAAAUGAUACUGGAGGACUCCAAGACAUGGCACGCGUUUUUAUCUACUUAUUACGAGAAGACCAACGUGUUCGCUUUGUACUGCGCCAACAUCCACCUGAAGUGCGCGAGAAAAUUGAAGUGUUAAGAGAGGUGUUAGGCAAUGUUACUGGUGCCAUAGUUAAUGUUGAUGAGUACAAAGUUCAUGAAAAUCAUGAUGGCUCAGUUGACAAAACCAAAACUGACCUGUAUUUGCAUUUUGUCAAUAAGCGAGAUAAUUCCAUUAUGGAAGUUGGGGAUGUUUUGAGGCUUGUAGAUCAAAACAUUGAAAGUCUUGACACCUUAUUCAAGGAGUUCAAUGUUCUGGAUACAAUGCCUGCCGAGGCCAUUCCCCUUAAAGCUGAAGCUGAACAGCUAAUUUGGGUUUGGCUUGUGAGUAGUACUGUCCUACUUGGGUUGUUGCUUUUGCUGGUACUUUCCAUCUGUCUGUCUCAAAGAUCAUCAUAUCAGAGGCAACUAAAAGCAGCUACUGCUACUGCUUUUGGAUCUAGUGAUUCAGCUCUGGGUCAGGCAAGUGGUCGAGUUCCAAAUACAAAUAUGCAUAGCACUGAAGGAUCCAAUCCUAUUUGGAUGCAAGCAUAUGAAAAUGAGUGGUACAAAGAGGAAGACUCUGAAGUGCAAGCAUCAGACAGAGACUCCCUCGAUGAGAACGCUGUUACUUCCCAUGCGGAGGCAAUAAGAUCACCACCACAACCAAAUGGGGGAACAUUUAUUUCGAGUGAACGUCAGACAGUGUACAGUGAUUCAUGCAAUAGCCGAUCUAACAUGCUGCCAGCUGGAGCGUCAAGCGAAACAGCAACAGUCACUGUCUCUGUUGCACCCCUUAAAGAGCAGAAUGACUUAAAUCGAAUAGGCACUAUGUCAACUUAUCAUCAGAACCUCUAUCAGCAUUUGGACAAACUUAGUAACCCUCUUAUAUCCAAGAAACUAGAGACAACUGAACUUUAGAAAUGUGCUUAAGCAGACAAAAAAAAAGAGAGAGGAAAGAAAGGGAUUGUACUUAAAAAACUUAACAAUGACGUCACAAGUCUGAUUCUAUACAAAGUGCAAAUUUUUUCCCUUGCCUAGAAAUAAAUUUGGAUUUAUGUAGAGAUUUUUUUAUUUAAGUUUAAGUUUAACAUAGACAUGUCUGCCAUGUAGAUUUUUAAAUAUAACUGUAAUGAAUGCUUUAAGAUGCAACUUUCCUGCAAGCAUACUAAAAAGAGCUGGACUUCAUUUAAUUUUUACGUCUAAUUAUUAUUGUCUUGGUAUUGAAAGCAGUUUACUUGCAGUUGUGCAUUGAUAUUUUUACGAGGCCGGUUACUUAUCCUAAAAAUGAAAUGUCCGCAAAUUUUGUAAAAUUACUCUUCAAUAGUUUCAUAUAUAUUUCUUUCAUGAAAAGUGUUCUUUUAUUGGAUUUUAUUUCUGUUGAACUUCACAAAUAUUUGGUCCAACUUUUUAGCACUUUCAGGGCAUGAAGAGAUCCUCCAUGACUUUGAAUGUAAUGUCAUUUGAAAGGACUGAUUUUACAAAAUGUGUAAUUUAUUUAUGUAUUCUGUUUUGCUUGAUAACUGUACAUAGGUACAUUUUCAGUUGAAGUGAUAUUUAAUUAACCAAAAGUGAUAGUUAUGUAAGCCGAUAUUUAUGAACUUCAGUAAGACAUACAUAUUUUGUAUGAGAUGUUUUUGUGUUGUGCAAAGACCAGAAAGUUAAUUUAUGACUUCUCAAUUACACAGUUUGUCAUAUAAACUCUGUAACAUAGACUCUUUUGUAACUACCCUUUUCUUUGUGUAAAUUUGGACUGUUACCAAUCACAGUGCAGGAACUGUAAUAUUAGAUUAUUUAUAAAUUGUACAGUUAGCAAAUCAAAGUGCCUUAUUUGUAGUAGUGCUUGGAAUAAUUCUGCCAUGUCUGUAUUCUUAACAAUAACCAAGGCUGUUAUUUUUACAAGAAUAAAUAAAAAUGCCUAUUCCUAUUUACACAAGGUUAGAACCACUUGGAGUAAAUUGAGGAAGCUAAAUAUUUCUACUGAUGACUGUAUGCUUUACGCAUCUUGAAACUGAUCUGAAAAUACUUUGUAGACUCCAAAGUACUUUGUAUAAAUCUUUUGUACAACCAGCCCAGGUAUAUUUCUCUAAUGCUUUAAACAAUUGUAAAUAUUUUUUGUAUGAAAACUGUAAUUAGUGUAACUAUAUAGCUGAUAGAUUUUAUACCUCAACAUCGAAUUGAUUGUUCAAUAAAAUUUAAACAAUCUUUUAA